GUAAAUUCCGGAAGUAUCACGUUUUCUCCUACCCUACCAACCGAAAACGUGGAGCGGUGAGCGAAGUAUCUCUUUUCCUAUUUCGCCCGAAGUAGUCACAUCUCUCCAGUCUAGAGAUGGAAGAUGCUGAGCAGUACCAGGAGGCAAGUGCAGGGGCUUCUCUGACUUACCCUGUCCAGUGUUCAGCAUUGCGCAAAAAUGGAUUUGUAAUGCUGAAAGGGAGGCCUUGCCGAAUUGUGGAAAUGAGCACUUCCAAGACCGGAAAGCACGGCCACGCCAAAGUGCACCUGGUCGGUCUGGACAUUUUCACCAACAAACGGUACGAAGAUUUGUGCCCCUCCACCCACAACAUUGAUGUACCCAAUGUGGGCCGCUCAGACUUCCAGCUCAUUGACAUCAGUGAUGACGGCUUUGUGACACUGAUGAACGACAAGGGUGAAACCCGUGAUGACCUCAGAGUUCCAGAAGGUGACUUGGGAGUUAAGAUACGUGACGAGUUUGGGAAGGAAGACAUCAACGUUAUUGUGACUGUGCUGUGUGCUGUCGGGACCGAGUCCAUUGUUGCUUGCAAGAAUGCCAACUAGGGGGCUGGUGUAGCCACACCAUAGACACAAAAAAAAGGAUGCUACUUGGGAAUGAGAGCUACACACAUCACACCUGGAAUCAUGUCACUAGUGUGCUUGUUUCGCCUGUUUUUCUUUCAUAAUCUCUCUGAAGUUUGAGACAGUUAACAUAUGUAAACUCUCGAGUGCCUGACAAGCGGUUUUGGCAUCAGCAAGACAGUCUGUAAAAAAACCGGUCCCAGAUGUUUCGGUGUGCAGGGCUUUUUCUGGAAAUCUUGCACAUGGUGGCAUGCCGUCUGUUUCUCUCCCCCCAUUCUCUGCCAUGUUCCAAAUAAAGUGCGAGCAAAUGUGCUACUCCUCCUCUCCUGGCUCUUGUGUUCAACAAGCUGCUGUGUCAUGAUUUCAAUUCUGUUGGACAACUAUGUUGGGAUGGAUGUUUUAUUAUCUCGGAAUUAAAUUUUUAUAAAUGUAC